ACUCGAGGAGGAGAAGAGAUCGCCAGGUAUCCGCUAGAGGAGCUGCGUUAUCUCAAGUGAUUUAAUCAUGUGAAGGGCUUAUUAAGACUUUCAUCAUGAUGGAAUCAAAUUUUCCGAAUAGACAGCGGAUACCGAGGCGAUUUAAAGCCCGCUAACGGAAGACAAUGAACAGAGGAGGAGGUUACCCAGGACUGGGCUGGUGGAAGGCAGCGGCCCCUGCAGUGUACUGAGACCAAAGAUAGAAGAGCGCCAUCAAGUAAGGAGCGGAACCAACUGAACUUCUGGAUGAGAAUUUCAGAAUAAAAUAGGUCUGCCUUCACUAUGCCAGUAUGGACUGUCUGAACGGCAGCAGGAAGCGGCUGUAGCUGGGUGAGAAUCGGCUCCUGGGACCGAUGACGGGACCCAACUCCCCGAGCCGGACCGGCACCUCAUCGGCCAAGUUCAGCAGGCGCGGCCGCUCCAAGAGCACCAGUGCACACUGUCUGCUCCACUACAGCGCCAGGGAGGAGACCGCUGCCUGCCCCCCUAGUAACUCCCCCGAGGAGGAAGAGAAGAAGGAAGGAGGGGUUCUCUUCUAUGUUAAUCGGAACGGUUUCCCCAUCGAGAGCGUCACCUGGGAGAGGAUGUGGGCCCAUGUGGCCGCCGUCCACCCCGAAGGCCAGGAGAUGGUGGACCGGAUACGGAACGCUGCAUACCUGCCAAAAAAUGCUGUUCCCUCCAUUCCAAUCUUCAAGCCAUCCAUGUCAGCCCCCGAUUGGCUGGUGGCCGUCCAGAACUACAUGAAGGCUCUGCAGUACAACCACACUGGAACCCAGUUUUUUGAGAUUAAGAAGAGCCGCCCGCUGUGUGGGUUGAUGGAAACAGCGAGGGAGAUGAUCAGGGAGUCACUACCAAUCAAAUGCCUGGAAGCUGUCAUCCUGGGAAUCUACCUGACCAACGGCCUGGCGUCUCUGGAGCGCUUCCCCAUCAGCUUCAAGACCCAGUUUUCAGGUCACUGCUUCCACCACGUGGUUCUGGGCAUCUACUGCAACGGUCGCUACGGAUCGCUGGGCAUGAGCCGGCGCCCAGACCUGAUGGACAAACCGCUGAGCCACCGGACGCUGGGCGAGCUGGUGGCCGAGUUCGAGAGCUCCUACAAGAGAUACCAGCACACUCUGAAGAAGGUGAAGAUUGGCUUGUACGUGCCUCACAACCCCCAUGUCUUUCAGCCAAUCGAGUGGAAGUAUUUGGUGCUGAACACGACCCGACUCGGAACUCAGGAGAUGAGGAAGGACCUGGAGAAACAUGGCCGGGACAUGAGGAUGAAGAUCCUGAAAUCCUCCAUCGCUCAGUCACCAAUCAAGGAGCGCAGCCGAGGAAAGUCCUUAUCGCCACGGCGACAGCCGGUCAGCCCUCAGCGACGGACCGCACAACGCAGAGACAAAUCGCCGGCCCCAGUGGAGAGGAAACCUCUGGAGCUCAGCACCCUUAGCGACGGUUACCAGAUCCGUAUCUGAUGAACCCCCCUGCCCUUUGACCCCGCCCCGCCUCACCUCCCCCUCUCAGCCUGGGGUCUACCUGCCGUCAUCGCUGCCAUGGACCAGGUCACUGCAACUGCGUCCGGCUCAGAUCAGAAGUAAAGCAGUUUUGGACUGAA